AUGGAGCCAGUGGCGACCUGGACCCCCAGGAAGGUGGCGGCUUGGCUGAGAGGCCUGGACGAUUCCCUGCAGGACUACUGCUUUGAGGACUGGGAGCUGCCUGGCAAGUACCUGCUGCAGCUUUGCCCCCGCAGCCUGGAGGCUCUAACUGUGUGGCCUCUGGGCCACCAGGAGAUCAUCCUGGAAGGGGUGGAACAGCUCCGGGCCCUGAGCUCAGGGCUACAGUCAGAGAACCUGCAGAGCCUGACAGAGGGGCUGCUGGAGGGAACCCGGGCAUUCCAGAGCUUGGUCCGAGGUCGCCUGGGGGGCUGUGUGGAGCCCCCUGCAGAUGUCCUGGGCGCGGCCGUGCAGCUGGUACAUGAGGCCCGUUCCCUCCUCUUCUGGCUCAACAGGUACCUCUUCUCCCACUUAAAUGACUUCUCAUCCUGCCAGGCGAUUGGGGAAUUAUGCGGGGAGCUGGGCCAGGCCUUGCAGGAGGACUGUCCAGCGGCUGAGAAGGAAAGCAAAGUCCUGAGGAUUAGCAGCCACGUGGCCGGGGUCUGCUGCAACAUCCUGAGCUGCUGCCCGGAGGAGCUGCUGAAGCAGAAGGCUGUACUGGAGCGAGUGCCACUGGACGAUCCUUCGGGCCUGGAAAUCCACACCACCAGCAACUGCCUGCACUUCGUGUCUCGAGUGGGCACCCAGGUCCCCACCGAAUCCCAGCUGCAGGUCCUGCCCGGAGACGAGAUUGUCCAGGUCAAUGAGCAGGUGGUGGUGGGCUGGCCCCACAAAAACGUGGUGAGAGAGCUGCUGCGGGAGCCGGACAGGGUCAGCUUAGUGCUGAAGAAGGUCCCAGUGCCGGAGACCCCACGACAGACCCCUCCUAAGCCCCUGAGCUCACCAUGCCCAGUGAACCCAUCACCGGCUCCAGCCUCGGUGUCUCCCAGGACCCCGUCUAAAGACAUCUUUGACUUCGACCUGUCUUCAAACCCAAGUCCUGGACCCAGCCCUCCUGCCUGGACAGACUCAACCUCCCUUGGCCCCAAGCCCCUGCCCAGCCCCCCUGCAACCACAGCCACACACCUGGCAGAGGUAGCAGGCACUCCGGAGCCCCCAGAACACCCUGAUAGGAGUCCUGUCCCUGGCUGCAGGAAAUCAAAAGGCGUGGCGACGCGCCGGCGGGUGUCGUGUCGGGAGCUGGGCCUGCCCGACUGUGAUGGCUGGCUCUUGCUCCGCAAGGUGCCCGGGGGCUUCAUGGGCCCGCGCUGGCGCCGCUGCUGGUUCGUGCUCAAGGGACACACACUCUACUGGUACCGGCAGCCCCAGGAUGAGAAGGCCGAGGGCCUCAUCAAUGUCUCCAACUACAGUCUGGAAAGUGGACAAGAUCAGAAGAAAAAAUAUGUGUUCCAGCUCACCCACAACGUGUACAAACCCUUCAUCUUCGCUGCUGAUACCCUGACGGAUCUGAGCAUGUGGGUGCGUCAUCUCAUUACCUGCAUUUCCAAGUACCAGUCUCCAGGCCGGGCCUCCCUGCCCCGAGAGGAAGACUGCUACAGCGAGACGGAAGCCGAAGAUCCUGACGACGAGGCUGGAUCCUGCUCAGCCUCACCCAGCCAGGUCCAAGCUAAGAGUUCGCUCCAUGGAGAUCCAUCACCUGCAGCCACCCCGCAGGGCAGCCUGCAGACCUCCUUCAGUCCGGGGACAGACAGCAGCGAAGGGGCCCUCGAAGGAAUGGUCCGGGGGCUGAGGCUGGGUGGCGUGUCCCUGCUGGGCAAGCAGCAGCCCCUCACUCAGGAGCAAUGGCGAAGCUCUUUCAUGCGGCGCAACCGAGACCCCCAGCUCAAUGAGCGAGCGCACCGCGUGCGCGCACUGCAGAGCACGCUCAAGGCAAAGCUGCAGGAGCUGCAGGCUCUGGAGGAAGUGCUGGGCGACCCCGAGCUCACCGGAGAGAAAUUCCGCCGGUGGAAGGAGCAGAACCAGGAGCUCUACUCGGAGGGCCUGGGGGCCUGGGGAGGGGAGCAGGCGGAGGGCGGCUCCCAAGUCCUGAACUCUGACCCCAAGGAACAGUCUUCCCACCCGCCACCCUCUGACCCCGAGGAGCGCUCCCCUCCCUGCCCCCUGACCCCAGAGAGUGACCCCCGACCUCCUGACCUCUAACCUUGGCCAGUACCCUAAGUUCCCGACCUCCAGCCUUGAGGACCACCUCUGACACAUCUAGGACAGAGCAUCCUUGCAUGCUGUUCUGCGUUGGAGGCAGUGCUUGUCGGUGGUUCUGCCCCCAGCUGACUACCUCUGCUCCACCUUCCGCUAUUUCUGCUCCUCUGCCCGCCCUGGAAUGGGGUAAAGUGAAGUGAGCUUUGUGCCAAGGAAGGAGCGAGAGGCAGGGGUGCAAGAACUCUUUCUUACUCUGUGCCCUACCCGUGCCCCCUCCACCCCUCAGCACGUCUCCAUUCCCCAAGCCAGUCUGAACAGAAGUUCUUCACUUGAACCAGUAGAUACUUUUCAACUAAAUAAAGUCAGUUUCUUUAACAUGAA